AUGUUUAUCGCAGUUAAAUAUCUAGUGACCAAUCUUACAACAUCAGCAAAGGACGAUAGUAAUUUGGGAAAGAGAAGGGAAAGUGAGGGCAAACAUAACUGCUUGGUUGACAGAAUCAGUUAUUUGCCCUACGAAAUUCUUGUAAGUAUUGUGUCUCUUUUGUCACUAAAGGAAGCAGCAGCUACUAGUGUUCUUUCUAGGCGAUGGGAGAAUCUGUGGAAGGAUACGAAGACUCUCAACUUUCAAGAUGUAGACUUCUCUGUUGGUGAUAAUUUUCACUGCUACAUGGCCCUAGAACAAGAACUAAGAGAUCAGAAAAGCCGUGAAUAUGUCAAUUGGGUGGAUCGUGUGUUGGAACAGCAUGAAGGUCACAACAUUGAACGAUUCAGGGCUUACUUCUUUCUACAUAGCAUGUUUAAGAAUUCCAUUGAUAAGUGGAUUGAGUUUGCAAUGGAAAAGAGAGUUCAAGUACUUGAGUUGCAGUUUCUUAUACCACAAUAUGAUUAUGCCAGAGAUAACUAUGCAUUUUCCCAAAACUUAUUAGGUCUCGAGGGAGAAGGUGAAUCUUUGAAGGACAGGUAUUUUGACAUCCUUCCAACUCUACAAUCAUGCCAAUACAACAUUGGUUUCAAAUUCCUCAAAGUUGUUCGCUUCCAACAUAUUGGCAUCACUGAUGAAGUUCUUGACUACUUCUUGUCUAACUGUCCAGUUCUUGAGAGAUUAACUGUGACAGAUGCAAGAGGUUUGGUUUGUAUAAGAGUUGCUGGUGCGUCAAUAUCAUUGAAGUAUUUGACAGUAAUUAAUUGUCCUAACCUCAAAAGGAUUGAGAUUUGCAACGCAAAUAUUGUUUCAUUUGUCUAUUGGGGAGUUUGGAUAGAGCUGCUUAUUAGUAACGUGCCCUUGCUUGUUGAUGUCCAUCUAUCUGUGAGAGCUCUUGAUAAUGUUGAUUUCACAACACUUGCCUUCACCAGACUUUCAUGUUGUGUUUCGCAGUUGGAGAUUCUGAAGCUGAAUAUUCAGGGAGUGGUCUACAACCCGAAUUAUGACUUCCCCGUAUUAGAAAGUCUGAAGCGAUUGGAAUUAAAUGUUGAGACAGAUUACCAUUCAGCUCUUUAUCAUCUGUCUUCUUUCAUGAAGGCUUGUCCUCACAUACAGAGACUUGUACUGAAGUUGGACUUCCGAAGAACAUACGUCGAAACAACAGUAAGCAAAGCUCCCAAAUUCCCUCAUCAUAGUCUCAAGGUAGUAGAAAUUAUGGGUUAUCGUGGCUAUCAAUGUGCUGUUGAACAUGUCUUGUACUUGAUAGUGAAUGCUGUUGCACUAGAGAAGAUUAUUAUUGAUCCUGUUCGGCGUUGGAAUUGGCCCCCAGGAAUGGACAGGGGAACUAAAAUGGUGAGAGAGGAAGUGAAGGCAAGAAAGCAUGCUAUGGAGCACCUUAAACAAAAAGUUCCGUCUACUAUAGAAUUUGUAUGCUUAUAG